AUGUCACCUCCCGCUGCUGGAAGCUCCAAGGAGUCAAACCUGGCUCGCCUGCUCGGAUCAGGUUCCGCUGGUAUCUCCGAGCUGGCGAUUUUCCACCCCGUUGAUACCAUUGCGAAGCGAUUGAUGAGCAACCAGACCCGAGUCACCUCCGCAAGCCAAUUGAACCAGGUCAUCUUCAAGGACAAGGCCUCGGCCCCUCUGGGACGCAAGUUCGUCUCGCUGUUCCCCGGCCUGGGCUACGCCGCCGGCUACAAGGUGCUGCAGAGGAUAUACAAGUACGGCGGCCAGCCCGUCGCGCGCGACUUCUUGGGCAAGCACUACGGCAAGGACUUUGAGAAUGCGUUUGGCAAGAAGACGGGCAAGGCCAUUAUGCACUCGACCGCUGGCAGCUUGAUCGGUAUCGGAGAAAUCGUCCUGCUGCCCCUCGACGUGCUCAAGAUCAAGCGCCAGACGAACCCCGAGGCCUUCCGCGGCCGUGGCGUCCUCAAGAUUGUCGCCGACGAGGGCUUUGGCCUGUACCGAGGCUGGGGAUGGACCGCCGCCCGAAACGCCCCCGGAUCUUUCGCCCUCUUCGGAGGCUCCGCCUUCGCCAAGGAGUACCUCUUUCACCUCGAAGACUACAACAAGGCCACCUGGUUCCAGAAUUUCAUCGCCUCCAUCGCCGGCGCCUCGGCCUCGCUCGUCGUCUCCGCGCCCCUCGACGUCAUCAAGACCCGCAUCCAGAACCGCAACUUUGAGAACCCCGAGAGCGGCUUCCGGAUCCUGACCAACAUGGCCAAGAACGAGGGUCUGCCGAGUUUCUUCAAGGGCCUCGUUCCCAAGCUGCUCAUGACUGGACCUAAGCUGGUCUUCUCUUUCUGGCUCGCCCAGACUUUGAUCCCUGCUUUCGAUGUCAUGUUCAGCAAAUAG